AUGCCUCUACUAACCAACUCAAUUUUUCCACUCCUUCUUUUCAUCUCCGCCGCCGCAGCACAGACAAACUACCUCCUCCAGAGCGACGCCGUGUCGCUGCUCUCUUUCAAGUCCAAAGCGGACCUGGACAACAAGCUGCUCUACACCUUAAACGAGCGCUUCGACUACUGCCAGUGGCAAGGCGUGAAGUGCGCCCAGGGACGCGUCGUCCGCCUCGUCCUCCACUCCCGCUCCCUCCGGGGCACUUUCCCUCCUUCCACCCUCUCCCGCCUCGACCAGCUCCGCGUCCUCAGCCUCCACAACAACUCCCUCUUCGGUCCCCUCCCUGACCUCUCCCCUCUCUCCAACCUCAAAUCCCUCUUCCUCGACCGCAACUUCUUCUCCGGCUCCUUCCCUCCUUCCCUCCUCUCCCUCCACCGCCUCACCCUCCUCGAUCUCUCCCACAACAACCUCUCCGGCCCCCUCCCCCCUCAACUCAACUCCCUCGACCGCCUUUCCUACCUUAAGCUCGAGUCCAACUGGUUCAACGGCACCCUCCCGCCCCUAAACCAGACCUUCUUGGUCGCCUUCGACGUCUCCGGGAACAACCUCAGCGGGCCUGUUCCGGUGACGCCCACGCUCUCGCGGUUCGGCGCGGCGUCGUUCCAGCGGAACGCGGAUCUCUGCGGCGAGAUUAUUAACAGACCCUGCCGCUCGCGUCCUCCGUUCUUCGAGAAUAACACCUCCUCGUCGUCGGCGAAUGCGACGGCGCCGUUUGGGCAGAGCGCGCAGGCGGAAGGCGGAGUGGUGGUGGCGCUGGCUCCCCCUUCGAGUGCGAAGCACAAGCGGAGUAACGUCGUCUUGGUGUUCGCCGUCGUCCUCUCGGUCUUGGCCGCCGCGAUUUUGUGCGUCGGGGCGGUUUUGAUCAACAAAAAGAGGAACAGAACUGUAAACGUAUCUGCCCCGUCGGCGAGUCCGGUCAGGUCGGCCGGAGAAGAACCCGCCGAGGCUGUGAAAGUUGAUGGUAAUGCUGCUGCGGCGGCGGCGGCGAAGACGAAAGAUAUCGAGGUGGGAGAAGCAGUGGCGGUGAGGGCGGGGAGCAAGAGCGGGGGGCUGGUGUUCUGCGGGGAAGCGCAGGUCUACACAUUGGAGCAGUUAAUGAGAGCGUCGGCGGAGUUGCUGGGGAGGGGAACGAUGGGGACGACGUACAAGGCGGUGAUGGAUAAUCAGAUGAUAGUGACGGUGAAGAGGCUGGACGCGAGCAAGACUGGAGUUACGAGCAGUGAAGCGUUUGAGAGGCAUAUGGAACAUGUGGGUUUGCUUGGUCAUCCCAAUUUGGUGAGGAUGGCCGCUUACUUUCAGGCCAAAGGCGAGAGGCUUGUCAUCUAUGAGUAUCAACCUAAUGGCAGCCUCUUCAAUCUCAUUCACGGUUCGAGAUCAGUGAGAGCAAAGCCCCUUCACUGGACUUCAUGCUUAAAGAUAGCAGAAGAUGUGGCCCAGGGUCUUGCCUACAUCCACCAAGCAUCAAAGCUGGUCCAUGGUAACCUGAAAUCCUCCAAUGUCCUCCUCGGAGCUGAUUUUGAGGCAUGCAUUACGGAUUACUGCCUCGCCAUCUUAGCAGAUACUUGUGCUAGCGAGGAUCCCGAUUCUGCGGCAUGCAGAGCACCCGAGACCCGCAAAUCUAGCCGCCAAGCCACCCCUAAGUCAGAUGUGUAUGCAUUUGGGGUCCUAUUGUUGGAGCUUUUGACUGGUAAACAUCCAUCACAGCACCCAUAUCUUGUGCCUGCGGAUAUGUUGGACUGGGUUAGGGCAAUGAGGGACGAUGAUGGUGGGGAUGAUAAUCAGCUUGGAAUGCUUACAGAAGUUGCCAGUGUCUGUAGCUUGACAUCACCAGAACAGAGGCCAGCAAUGUGGCAAGUAUUGAAGAUGAUACAAGGAAUAAAGGAAAGUAUUCUGGUCGAAGGCUAA